GGUCGAUACUGAAAAGUUUAGGAAAAACGGAACUGCGUAGAAAUUAAGCAGCAGCCGUUGGAUUGUGGCAACCAAAAUAGGUUUAGUCAAAAGCUGGUAGUAAAAACUCGAACAAAAUUCCACGUAAAAUUCAAAAGGUGUUCGGAACCCAGGACUAUCUUUGAACGCCCCCAGACAGAGCACAGCUCCUCCAGCCGACAGAGAGGAAGCCUAUGAUAUAAUAAUGUCGCGCUCUUUGAGUCGCGUACUGGGCACCUUCAGCCCCGCCUCGGGAAAUGGUUCACCCAACAGACUGACGCCUCUGCGCGGACUCCUCGGCACUGUGGUCCCAGUGGCCGGGUACUCGAAGCGGAAUGGACCUCCCUCGGAUGCCGGCGAACCCUUCAAGACGGUCUCCAGGUCGCGGGACCACGACGACGACGAUGAUCUCCACAGCCUGGAGAGCGAACCCAACUGGGAACUGACCGCGGCCCGGAGCAACCGCUUCUACCUGCCCAAUGCCACAGGACCCGCCUGGCAGGGUGACACCACCACCGUUGGCCUGCUCACCCCGCUCGGCCAGCUGGUCAACUUCCUCAAGGAGGCCAAUGCGGACAAGUCGCGUCUGGAGUUCGCCUGCUGCCAGUGCCCCAUGCUCAUCCGGGAGUCGCUGGUGGAGCUAUUCCCUGUGCGCGUCGUGGCGCAGCGGGAUUCGGCCAUCACCAUGCUAGUCCUCAGCUACGAGGGCGACAUCGAAAUGGGCGCCGCCAAGUUUGUGCUGGCUGCCCGGGACAUAAGCGAUCGCCUGCUGUCGCUGGGCUACUGGGCGGACUUCCUGAACCCCUUCAGCGGACGACCCUACUUCCUGCCGCGGGACGGGGCCAAGCUGUACAAGCAGGAUCACCGCUUUCGGGGCCUCAACAUGCGGCUGUCGCUGCAGAACCACUGCACAGUAAUCGCUGCCGAGGAGAACGAUCGCACCCACUUCUCGGGCACCAUCUACUGCACGGCGCCGAAUCACUACGACCAGCUGGUGGAGUUGCUGGUGCCGCCGCAACGCAAGUUGGCCCAAUGACGCGGAUGCGGAAGCCAUCGGAGUUAAGAUGUAGUUGAAGCCUUUUAGUGAUGAUGACUGUGUUAGCUGUUUAGGUUUUCUGUUCCCGACACUGUAUAUAGCCGACAAAUGCUGGUGUUAUAUAUGCUGUGCGAAAUAUAAUCGAUAAGAAUGUUGAAA